CCCACCGCGUCUCCCGCAGCUUCUCCGUCCCCUGAACUGAGGUCACAGUUCCCCGCCCGUGGACACCUCACUCUCGCUCCGCCCGCCCUUCCGCCCACACCACGAGGGAACACUGCCAUUUGUUGACUCGUGAUUAGCCACCUUGAGUUGACCCGACUGCCUUCCGGUCAAGCUCUUCCUGCUGAGCAAAUUCCUGGCAAUGGUGACGAUCCUCAAUGCCGAUGCUCCUAACCCCAGGGGCUCCGUCUCGCCCUCUGAUGCCGUUAAUUAUACUUCAACGUUUAUGCAACAGCUCGUGAACGACUGGGUGAGUCAGGACGGGCGGCAAGUGGCGUACUCGGCCCUGGAGCAAAGUCCCUUCUACAUGAGAGACUUUCAGGAGUUUCACUCUUUGCUGAAGACGGUAGACCCGGCACGGAUGCAGGAGGUGAAGAGGAAGACAUUUUUCAUCAACCUGUUCAACCUGCUGAGUAUCGACGCCAUCCUCAGCCUGGACUCCCUCCCUCAAAAUAUCCUCAACGUGACGGAGUUCUGGCGAAGUUACAGCUACCAGGUGGGGCCUUACACGUUCCAUCUGGACGACAUCUUACAUGGCGUUCUUAGAGGAAACCGACCUCACUCAACCUCUGGCGAUGUGAUGUUUGCCUCAGACGAUCCUCGCCGGAUCCUCAAGCUUCCAGCCGAUCACCGCGUCCUCUCCGUUGUCACAUGCAGCGCUUUGAGCUGCCCGCCCCGCGCCUCGUAUUUCGCCUCCGACCUGGACCGAAAGCUGGACACUUCCAUGGCCAACCUGUGCCGGGAUGGUGUCAAGUCCACCAGCAAUUCAAUUAUCAUCAACUCCUUCUUCAAGUGGUUCAGGAGCGACUUCGGUGCCACGGAACAAGAUGUUCUCAGAUUCCUGGCGACCUGCUCCGAUGACCCGGUCAAGAGCAGUGCCCUGAGAGCCGCUGCAGAUGGGAGUCGCAACUACACCUACUCCUUCGAUUGGACUUUUGAUAAUUUAAGUCUUACAGAUAUUUUUCAAGCGCCAUUCCUUAUAAGAUGUAGAGACAACUGUCGCGGAAAUGGGGUCCUCAACAACAGCGACGUUAAGGACGACACCAACUGAACAAAUAUGGUUGUAGUAUAUACUCACCUUCCCUUCAUGUACAAAGUAGAUAUGUGUUGUAUUUGGUGCUGUGCUUUUUGUAGAGAUGUUUGUUCUAAAGCCCUUUUAGAUAGCAAAACCUUUUGGGUAUAAUGUGUUUAUAUUUCGAUUCAUGUGUCUUUUUUUAAUGUUUUUGGGCUUUGUUAAUUCAUGUUGACUUAUAUAUCUUCUUUAAGUGUUUUGUCCUUUGUUGAUUCAUGUAUGUCCCUAUCUCAUCCCUUGUUCGUUGUCUUGAUGUAUGCAUUAUAUUCAUUGCUUAAUAAAGAUUACACAAAUUA